GGGGCCACCCCGGGGUGUCUGUCACUCCUCCGGCAUGACCUCCUCCUCGGCCCCGGCUCCUCGCCUCACACGCUCGGGGCAUCCACGGCGCCCGGGUGCCGCUCGCUGGGGCCGAACCAUGGGCACCCGCGGGCAGCCCUGAGCCAAGCUGACCCACCGCCUCCAGCCCCGGACUGCAGAGCCCAUCGUCCGCCUGAUCCCUUCCCUCCGCGGCCGCAAGCUCAGCGAAGCCAGGCGCCUCGUCCUUUCCUGCCUUUCGGAGGAGCCACCGCCGAGGAUGUGGCCCAGGGGCCGGGGGCCCGGGGCCUUGGCGGCCCUUGUGGCCCUGGCGGCGUGGCUGGCGGAGGGCGGCGCUGGCCUUGGCGGCGGGGGCGGCGGCGGCUACGGGCUGGGCCUCUUCUCGGCGCAGGCGGCGGCGCCCCAGCCGGACCCGUGCUACGACGAGACGGGCCACCCCCGGCGCUGCAUCCCGGACUUCGUCAACGCGGCCUUCGGGAAGGAGGUGCGGGUGUCCAGCACCUGCGGGAGGCCCCCGAGCCGCUUCUGCGUGCUGUCCGAGAGGAAGGGUCCGGGCGGCGAGGCGGAGGAGGAGCGGGGCCCGCGGGCGGCCUCGAUCUCGCCCUCCUCCUGCCAGGUGUGCGACGCGGGCGACCCGAAGCGCUGGCACCCGGCCUCCUACCUGACGGACCUGAACAACCCGCACAACCUGACCUGCUGGCAGUCGGAGAGCUUCGUGCAGCACCCGCUGAACGUGACGCUCUCGCUGGCGCUGGGCAAGAAGUUCGAGGUGACCUACGUCAGCCUGCAGUUCUGCUCGCCGCGCCCGGAGUCCAUGGCCAUCCUCAAGUCCAUGGACGGCGGCAAGAGCUGGGUGCCCUUCCAGUUCUACUCGGCCCAGUGCCGCAAGAUGUACAACCGCCCCAACCGCGCCGCCAUCACCAAGCAGAACGAGCAGGAGGCCGUCUGCACCGACUCCCACACCGACCUGCGGCCCCUGGCCGGCGGCCUGAUCGCCUUCUCCACCCUCGACGGGCGGCCCUCGGCCCACGACUUCGACAACUCGCCCGUCCUGCAGGACUGGGUCACGGCCACUGACAUCCAGGUGGUCUUCAGCCGCCUCCACACCUUCGGCGACGAGAACGAGGACGACUCCCAGCUGGCCCGCGACUCCUACUACUACGCCGUCUCCGACCUGCAGGUGGGCGGACGGUGCAAGUGCAACGGACACGCCGCCCGCUGCCUCCGCGACCGCGACGGGCAGCUCCUCUGCGACUGCAAGCACCACACCGCCGGCCCCGAGUGCGACCGCUGCAAGCCCUUCCACUACGACCGGCCCUGGCAGAGGGCCACCGCCCGAGAGGCCAACGAGUGCGUCGCUUGUAACUGCAACCUGCAUGCUAGAAGGUGCCGCUUUAAUAUGGAACUCUACAAAUUAUCUGGUCGCAAGAGUGGGGGUGUCUGCCUUAACUGCCGACACAACACAGCAGGUCGCCACUGCCAUUACUGUAAGGAAGGCUACUAUCGGGACAUGACAAAGCCAAUCACACACAGAAAAGCAUGCAAAGCAUGUGAUUGCCAUCCCGUGGGUGCAGCUGGAAAAACCUGUAAUCAAACUACAGGGCAAUGUCCCUGCAAAGAUGGCGUGACAGGCAUCACUUGCAACCGAUGUGCCAAAGGUUACCAGCAAAGCAGAUCUCCCAUUGCCCCCUGCAUAAAGAUUCCUGUAGUUCCUCCCACUACUGUGACCAGCAGCACAGAAGAACCUGCAGACUGUGAUUCCUACUGCAAGGCAUCCAAAGGGAAGCUCAAAAUCAACAUGAAGAAAUAUUGCAAGAAAGACUACGCUGUUCAGAUCCACAUCCUAAAAGCAGACAAAGCUGGAGAAUGGUGGAAGUUUACAGUCAACAUCAUCUCUGUGUACAAGCAAGGGACAAACCGGAUACGGCGUGGUGAUCAGAUCCUGUGGAUACGCUCCAAGGACAUUGCUUGCAAGUGCCCAAAAAUCAAGCCCAUGAAGAAAUACUUGCUAUUGGGCCAUGAUGAGGACUCUCCUGACCAGAACGGCAUUGUAGCAGACAAAAGCAGCCUUGUGAUACAGUGGAGGGACACAUGGGCCCGGCGGCUGAGAAAGUUCCAGCAACGGGAAAAGAAGGGGAAAUGCAAGAAAGCCUAGAUGGGGGACUGAAGAUGCGAAGAAAGACUGCACACACUGUUUUGUGCAGGACUUGGAGCAGGUGGGGUGGGAUAAGGGACACUGGCAAGAAACAUGCUUUGCAGUUCAUGUGCAACGGGAAGGGGAGGGCAAAAGAGGGACUAAUAACUUCUUGUGAGACAUGCCAAUUUUGCACCUCAUAUUACCACAAAAUUUAGUGAGAGAACAAGCUUAGAGAAGAACCACAUGAGAACCUACUCACCAUAGGAACAAAUAUUAGGUAUCUUGCUAGUUCCCAUCUUCCCCUUUGAGUUUUCCCCCCCUCUCCCUCCCCCUUGGUCUCUGAAGAAUGACCGACUGCCUUAAGUUUGCUAACAUCAACUAGUUCCAAAAUCCAGACACGCUGAAACAGUCAUUACAAAAAACCAUGAUGUUGGGAGGAAAAGGCCUUCCAUACAUUUCUCUAAAAAGAGAUUAAAUGAAGUUGUUAUUGACAGAAAGAAACAGAUUACUGGGUGAAGUAACCACCUGAUAAAAAGCUGGAGUAGCUUUUCCGUUAUCUGUCAUGCAGAAUCUUGAUAGAGCAAGGGAAACCUACAAAAGACUGCUUAGCUGUAACCUGCGACAUUCCACUUACCUUAACAUGAUAGUUACUGAGGGGUGUCGGGGCAUGUACUUUCAAAUGUUGCUCCAAACUACAGUGUUAUUGUCUAAUUCAAGGAAAGAAAGCUGAGAGUGAUGAAGAAGAAUGUAUUUAUGGAGCUGUUGAAAUGAUGGAUUACUAGCCGUCUCUCUAGGAAAUCUUGCAAUGCUUUUAUUAUGACUAUAGCUCCUGUCUGAGACCACUAGAUUACCCCCACUCCUACAUUCAUCAGGAUAUGAAAUAAUGCUUCCUAUAAGUACUGCAGUGUUAACUGGCAGUAGCUGCUUUGUCUUACUUGCUUCACUGAGUCAAGUAAUCAAGGAAGUCACUGCCCUCAGUUUGCAAGACCUAAGGAAGGUUGUUGAUGGCAGGCGCUCUUGAAGGUCUUUCAUUCCUAAGGUUGUUGUAAGUCAAAGCUGACUUGAUGCCACAUAACAGCAGCAGCAACAACCUGCUCUUCAGAGAGCAGCUAAACCUUUGGUGCUCACCUCUCCCUAAAGAAAGCAAACAUUAUGUUGGACAGACCCUAUAAUGACUUUUCUCCUGAGAUAGCACCACCCACCCAUCCACAUACAGUUCACCAUCCAUAUCUUGGAAGGAUGCAGCCUGAAGAGAGCAAUGAAAUGCUGCAUCUGUACAGUGCAUCUCCAAUGCAAUGGUUAUUAACAUCUAAAUAUAGGAUUCACAAGGGUUCUUCCUCUAAUAGCAUGGCUUGAGAAUUAGCCAAAGUCUCUUUCAUGCUACACCUCUGUAGCACUUUGAUCCCACUUUAAGUGCCACAGCUCCAUCGUAUGGAAUCCUUGAAUGUGUAGUUUUGUGAAAUGCAGAGAGCUCAGUGCCUCAUCAAACUACAAACCUCAGGAUUCUGUAGGAUCCAGCAGUGAUGGUUACAGUGGAAUUUGUACCACAAUGGUGUUGUGUGCAUAAGGACCCAAGAUUCCCUGCGCCAGGGAGUGUAAAGCAACAAAUGAUCCCAGAGCAAAUGUAUUACCAGCGCUUGCAUGGAGAAAUGGGAAUGACGUUUGACAAGAUAACUCUGUUUGUAAAAGCCUGUGGUAGCCAUGGUUUUAUAAUAGUAUGUUUGGGGACUGACAAACUACUCCUUCAAACACAUCUAUGCCAGCAAUCUACACUGGGUGGUGGUGUCCACUUCCAUUUAAGACCACAAGAAGUGAUUUUUGUUGCUAUCCAUACAAAUCUCCUACUGGCCCUAACUAUAAAACUUGGAGGACGAUAGAGGCAGGCAGUCCCCCUGCGAGCUCAGGGCCGCGUGCCCUGCAAAAUAUAAACUUCCCCGAGAUGUUUCCUAUUAGGAAACUUGGAAACAUCCUUUUAAUGACAUUUUCCAGUGGUUUUGCCUUGUUUUAUAGCAAUUGACAAUAUUUAUAUAAUGACAUAAACUACCAUAAAACAAACUUCAGCAUAAAUAGGUGUAAAGUGGCCAGAUGCCGGGGAAGUGGAGAAUAUGGAGGACAGAAGUCAAGAAGCGCAGACUGGGAUGGUGGGGCCAGGGGGAAUGCACUGACUCAACUGCUCUGCAAACAGUUGGGAGUUUCAGGGCAUUUGGUUUAUAUGGUCUUAGUUGCUUCAAUAAAAAGAUACAGAACAGUC